AUUCACUGGAAUUCUCACCAUUACCAGUCCACAAUCUAGACACCUCCAAAAUGCACAAAACACUCUCAUAUUUAAAUACUUUUCCUUUAUUUUCUUAAAAAAAUAAUAAAGAUAAUAAAGAAAAUAAAACUCUCAAAAAAUCGCCGUGAAUCGUGAGUUCAUGACCACUACGCACGCCCCUCAACAAAAAUAAUCCAAAACAGCAUUUUAUCUGACAGAAAAAACACAUAAAUUCAAACUAGAUAUAUUUUAGCCUUUUAGGAACUCAAGGCUGCUAUUUCUAAGGCCGCUCGCUCUCCCUAUCUCUCUCCCUUCACCGGUUUUCAACCUUUUGAAGCCACUGGAGUUUCAUUCCCUCCAAAUCCACAAACCCUAAUUAAUUCCCCCUAAUUUAUUCUAUCCGCUUCCUGCCCUAUAUUCGUACUGCUCUCUUCGUCUGCUCCAUUUUGUUCUAAUCCCUAGUUUGAAGUUGAAUCUUGCAGCCGCGAUCUGUGAGCCAAUGAUGCACAGCUCGGUGGAAUCGACGGCGGUGUCGACGGAUGUCCAUCUAUACGCCUCAACUUGACGGACCUGAGCGACGAUCGGAAGCCGUAAGGCAACUGUGCGCAUGCAAGGAAACGGAACCGAGGUGAAGAGCGGUACUCUGAUCAAUAAGGAUAAGUUGCCAGCGGCCGGUUGAAAUAAAAUCACUUUUGUAAGGGUGAAUUGCAACGGGUAAAGCUAGUGUGAAAGAAAAAUUGAACAUUGAACAUUGAGAUGGACGGAUACGGUAGUGGUGGAUGCGGCAGCCAUAAAAUUGGAGCUGAGGAUGAGGCCAACACUCCUCCUCUUCCUAAAAGGGUCAAGGUUGGUGGUUCACCUGCUUAUCGAAUUGAGAGGAAACUGGGAAAAGGAGGAUUUGGACAGGUGUAUGUAGGUCGCCAAAUCAACCCCCUAAAUCCAAAUGAAAGAACAGGUCCACUGGCUGUAGAGGUUGCAUUGAAGUUUGAGCACAGGAGCAGCAAAGGCUGUAAUUAUGGGCCACCUCAUGAAUGGCAAGUCUACAACACACUUGGGGGUAGCUACGGCAUACCACGCCUGCAUUUUAAAGGGCGACAAAGUGAAUACUAUAUUAUGGUUAUGGAUAUGCUUGGCUCUAGUUUGUGGGAUGUUUGGAAUAAUAAGUCUCCAUCAAUGUCCACUGAAAUGGUGUCGUGUAUUGCCAUUGAAGCAAUCUCCAUUUUAGAGAAGUUACACUCUAGAGGAUAUGUGCAUGGGGAUGUAAAGCCGGAGAAUUUUUUGCUUGGUCCACCUGGAACACCUGAUGAGAAGAAACUUUAUCUUGUUGACCUUGGAUUGGCUACCCGGUGGCGCGAUAACUCCACAUCCCUGCAUGUUGAUUAUGAUCAACGUCCAGAUGUGUUCAGGGGGACUGUUCGUUAUGCCAGUGUACAUGCUCAUCUCGGACGAACUGGUAGCCGUAGGGAUGAUUUGGAGUCACUUGCAUAUACUCUUAUCUUUCUUAUCCGAGGCCGGCUUCCUUGGCAAGGGUACCAGGGCGAGACUAAAAACUUCGAGGUGUGCAAAAAGAAGAUGGCUACUUCGCCAGGAGCUCUUUGCUCCCUCUGUCCUGCACCUUUUAGACAAUUUCUUGAAUUUAUUGUUAACUUAAGGUUUGACGAGGAACCUAAUUACGCCAAAUAUAUUUCACUUUUUGAUGGAAUAGUGGGCCCUGAUUCAAUCAUCAGGCCUCUCAAUAUUGAGGGAGCACGGAAGCUCGUACAAGUGGUGGGACUAAAGAGAAGUCGGCUUAUGAUUGAUGAUGAUGUGGACGAGGAGCCAAAGAAAAAGCUUCGUGUCGGGACAUCUGCAUUACAGUGGAUUACUGUGUACAAUGCUGGACCGCAAAUAAAGCAAAGGUAUCACUACACUGUCGUGGAUUCGAGAUUAGCUGCACAUAUUGGAAAAGGAUACGCAGAAGGAUUGUCUAUCUCCAGUGUGGCGUCGUGUUCCAACAUGUGGGCUGUAAUUAUGGAGGGAGGGACUGGCAUCGCUACUCAACUAUAUACACUUUCAUCUUGUUUCCUUGAUAAGGAAUGGAUCAUGGAACAAUGGGAAAAGAAAUAUUACAUCACUGCAGUGGCCGGAGCUGACAAUGGGAAGGCAGUGAUUGUUAUGUCCAAGGGUACCCCGUAUAAUCAGCAAUCUUAUAAAGUAAGUGAUUCUUUUCCGUUCAAGUGGAUAAACAAGAAAUGGAAGGAGGGUUUCCAUGUGACCACCAUGGGCACCUCGGGGACGAAAUGGGCAAUUGUUAUGUCUCGUGGUGCUGGGUUUUCAAAACAGGUUGUGGAGUUAGACUUUCUUUAUCCGAGUGAAGGUAUUCAUCAGAGGUGGAAUGCCGGUUAUCGUAUCACGUCAACUGCAGCUACAUCUGAUCAGGCUGCCAUUGUUCUUAGUAUUCCAAAGAGAAAAACUCGAGACCUAGUGCAGGAGACACUCCGGACUACUGAAUUUCCGACUACACAUGUCAAGGAGAAAUGGGCGAGAUCUCUUUAUAUUGCAUCUGUAUGCUAUGGGAGAACAGUUUCUUGAUGCAUUUGGUUUAGCACAUCUCAUUUUGUGGAGGGAUUUACUGAGCGUUUUCCGGCUUAUUAGCAAGUGCCGGUAUUUCUUUCAUUGGUUUUUAUGUACGCUCUACUCAUAUUGACGCGUAGGAAGUAUAUGUAACAUACUGACUAGACUGAGGUUGCAUUGCAUCUAAAUAUGGCUGGUCCAGUUCUUUCUUUCUUUUUUCUUUCCUUUUUUUUGGUUAAAAAAAAAAAAUAAUCUUCAGUGUGUUUAUUAUGUGCACACUUGCGAGAAGUUUGUAUAGCGUUACUUGAAGCCAUAUUGGACAGGCUCUAAGUUAAUUACUUAAAUCGGUGUUGUAUUUCUAUACAUUCAGAAUUUGCAAUGGAGGGCUCAAUGUAUCAACUAAAUGCCCAAUUUUCCCCAGUUCUUUGGAUUUUGGAACUUUAUGUUUCAACUUUCAAGUCCCUCUGAUGCGAUGGUUUGCUCGUUCGUGUGAAUAAAAUUCUGUUGUGGUACAUUACAUGGGACCGACUACAAUCAGGUAGCCUCGUACAUACCUAGCAUCAAUAUUUUCCUAAUCACUAUUAGAUUGACUAAAAAAUGAAUAUUAAACAUUGAUUUAAUGUACGAAGCAAAAAGGAAUGGGAAUUUACACUUCUGCUAUAAGAUUUGUAAAAUGUUG